AAAUGUGUCAUGCCAAAACGACAUUUAAUAUUCAAUAUCAAAAGGGAACUUGUUUUCCAUUCAUUCUUCUUCGUAACGAAUACUAUCCCAACCAAAUCAACAAGUGAUACCUAGAGUGGUACUAAACAAAUGGAACGGCUGAAAUCAAAUAUAAACACAGUAUGAUUGUGUUGUUGAUGGUGCGCAAUCGCGCAUCGCAUGUGGAGUUGCUAUAGUAGCAUGGACAAACAUACAAACAAAAUAUCAACAAAUGUUGUGACAGACAAUUUCACGGAAAUACACAUGAAAUUAAAUUCGUUUCCCAAACCGAAUAUUCACUAUUUGCAUAGAGAGUUUUCAAUUAAAACAAUGUCCUACAAAGAGGUUCGAGAUUUGUUUGAGUACUUGAAAAUUCUCGGUUACCCAAAACCAUUGAAGCUAACGGCGUUGUACACGAACCAAGGAUCAUUGGAGAAUUUCAAAUUAGUUUUUGAUAUUUUACGAUGGCUAAUCGACCAAUAUGAGCCAGGAACGAUUUUACUGGGCAGCACCGACACCGAAAUUGACCGGACACUUUUGGUUCGAAGUGCGGUUGAAUUUCUGGUGGUAAAAGCGGGCAUCAAAUUGAAUCCGAUUCGAUUAUAUGCCAGCUCAAUGGCAGCAGCACCCGAACUAUUGAAAGUCGUUAAUUUGAUUAUGAAACGGCCAACAAUUCAAUAUCAAGACUCUGAUGCAAUGAAUGAAAAGCAAUAUCGCAAGUUGACCGAAAUCGAUAUCGACGACAAGAUUAAAGCCAGACAACGUGGCCGCGAGCUAUCAUCGGAGCUGACUCAUAUCGGCGCGACGCUUUACGAUCUCUUGGGAAAGGACAAUGAAAAUCAAGAGAAACGAAAUAUGCAGGCCGGCCGCCAAAUGGAAUCGUCAAAUGUUGACCGAAUUUUGCACAAUGUGAUUACGUCAGCAAAUGCAAAGCUAUCGAGCGACAAGGCCUUGCUUGAUUCGGCUUUGAUGGAACGACAAGCCAGUUCGGCGAAAAUUGAACGGAAAAAAGCCGAUUUGGAGCGGCUCAGACAGAGAUUGGAUACACUGCAGAAGAUACGUCCUGCUUUCUCGGAAGAAUUCGAAAAGGCCGAGGAAGAACUGCAAGAGUUGUACGGCGAAUAUUUGACCCAUAUUCGAUGUUUAGAUGCUCUACGGGCUCAGGUGAACAUCAAUGCAAAAGUGACGCAGCCAAUGUCAGAGGCGAGCAAGUCAAGUGCUCCGGCAAGCAUGAUACGUUUACCCGAUGGCAUUCUUGACUUUUCUGAUGAGCUCAGCGAUGAUGGUGAUGACUUGCUUGACGACGAUGGACACGAAUUGAAACUCAAGCGUCCAGUC